AUUUAUUCGAUACGACGUCAAUUUGGUAAUUUCGACAUUACUCCGAUCUAUCAUCAUACUGUACCCUUGGACCGAGAGCUACCGUCGCCGUCACCCUCGCAGCAUCGACACAUGGCGUUCUCUCCAACGGUCAUGUCUCCCCGACGAAGUGGCCAAGCGCAAAGCACGCUGCUCCCACCACUCUUGACGCGAUUGAUUCGGUUCACGGAAGGGGAUCGUGUCAAGACGAGCUUUGGCACGGGCAUCUUUCGUCACAAAAUCAAGGGUGUCAACGGUCGUCCGGUGUACGUGGUCGACAUGGAUGCCGGCGGAGUGCUGCAUUCUCAGACUUGCUGGAUGAUGCCACGACUGCCAUCGUUGACCGGCAACGAGAUUCCUCCAGGGUUGCCGGUGCAGACCCCGUCGAAUCGACCUGCCAUCGUCGUAGGCUACAACGUACUUGACAAGGUGUACGAGGUUCAGUACGACGACGACGGCUCGCGCGAAUCCCUCGAGAGCAAAUACGUCCGUCUGGCCGCGCGCACGCGCUGCCGCACCAAGUUUGGACUCGGUGUCGUCACGCAGUACAGACACGAUGAUGGGUUUUACGUGGUGCUCUUGGACUCGAACGCGACCGCGUUCCUUAAAGCGUCAAGCGUGAGUGCCGUGGACUUGCGACUACUGGGAAAAAUCCCCAAACCGCUCUCGGCCGAUCAAAUCCUCGCCGAAUUCAACGGCCGUCUCACGCAACAACAAGCCGACGCGUUGGCCGCGGCCGGGGAAAAUGCCUACUUGACUGUCCGCGCAUACUGCGAAAAGAACGCGUCGUCCCUGUCGUCCAUUGCAUCUACGUUUAACUAUGGCGCCGACUAUACCGCGGCACUCGGGUCGUUUGUAAACCCAGAAUUCCACGACGCCACAGAGAAGGUUCGCCAGGCAGGCGAGCGGGAGCUGCAGCGGCUCAUGGAGCUAUCCGACCUGGUUAAGACGAGGGUUGGGACCAAGUUGGCCACCAACGCCGAGCUCGUUGAACUGACAGCCCACUCCAAGAAGAUUUUGAAUUGCGUGGGCAGUUGCAUCGAGAUGAGACAAGUGGCGGAGCAACUGGCCAAGCAACUGCAAGCUGGUGCGCAGAGCGAGGACGGCGCUGCACUCAUAGCGCACUUCAAGACGAUGCUCCAAGCCCGCGUGGAGCAGCAGCAGCGUCGCAUGCGCAUGUUGAAGCCCGAUCAAUUCCUCAACGACCUAGAGCAAACGCUCAGUCCCCGUGGACUCAAGUCCAAGGGCAAGGCACUGAUGAACGAACUGGCGACCAAGGACAUGGCGCUAGCGUGCAUGGACCCGCUGGAAAUGUUGGAGCGCGUGGAGUCGUUUUUGCCCUGCGUGACCGAGCAAGCCACCGUGUUUAUCAAUGAAAGCGAAGUGAUGCUUGCCAAGUUCCAAGCCAGCAAACAAGGCCGGUCGAUCUUGGCGAAAGCGAAAGAAUUGGCACAAGUCACAGACGACAACCCGGCGCUGCUCCGGGAAAAGGUCACGGAAGCUGUCUCCAAGCUCAAAGUCAACGAGCUGGCCAAGUGGGGACGAACGUUGGCUGUGGAUGCGGCGGCGCGGCAAGAGUUUGUGGACCAGGUGAAGGACCGAUGCUUGGACUUUCUCAUGUCGGUGCUGCCGUCGAUUGAAGUCGACCCGAUCAUUGGCACUAAAGACGACAUCGAGUACACGUUGUCGCACUUGGAUUUGUCCAAGUUUAAAGUGCGCAAGGAAAAAGUGUCGGUCAAGCUGGGCGUGGCCACGGACGACGAUGUCUUAACAAUGAAAGCCACGCAUCUCAGUGCGAUCAUCCCAGGAUUGAAUUGGACAUUUGUGCAAAAGAAGUUUCCAUACUUGAACGGCGGGGGGACCGCCGACGCCGAAGUGCUGGGCGGGUGCGUGUCGCUGGGGUUUCGGGCGGAAAAGGUGGCCAUGGCGGACGGCACGUGGCAGCCGACGCUGGCAGUGUCGUCUAUCGAGAUUGAGAUCAAGGAGGACUUGACACUCCAGAUCAACGGCAGCUGGUUCUCAACCGUGUAUAACGUACUCGCGUCGGUAUUCAAAGACCUGAUCAAGGAUUACAUUGCGUCGACGUUGGAAGGCAGUUUGAUUGACCACGUCGUAUCGCUUGUGACUGUGCUCAAUGCGUUCAUGAAGGAGUACUGGCCCAUGCUGCUGCAGCUGCUCCAUGUCACAGUCGAAGAGCUGCCUUUGGCGAGCGCAUGGCGCGGGGCUAAGCCGCUUGCGCCGCCAAUGCCACACGAAGAAGACUUGACGUUUACGAGCUCCAACUUGCCCAUCGUGUUGGCCAAACGCACGCGAGACCGCAUGGCGCUGGUAUCGGGUGUGACGCUGCCAAACCUCAAGACAAGCACGCUCACGGACACCCAGCGCCACGAACUGUAUCGCAUUCCACUGCAAGCGACGAUUGUCGGCGUGAACGGGUUGUCCUGUGCCAAACUCACGUCGAAAGAGGUCGCGACGUUGCUCGAGACGUUGGCCGCGCCAGUGCAACUGCGCUUUGCCACGGCCGUGCCGGACGACAACUUUCAAGUCAAGCCGCGGCGGAUGCUGCGGACAUUUGACGUGUCCUUUGGCGAUGGACCUCUGGGGCUGAAACUACGUGCGCGGCCCCUGGCCACACAUGGAGUGAUUGUGGCGGGAUUCAUUCCAGAUCGAUCUGGUGGCCAUGACGAGGCCGAAGCUUCGUCGAGUUUGCCCGCCAUGGGACAAGGUGAAGCGAGUGGACAAAUUCGACCUGGCCAGCUGCUGCUUCGCGCCAACGGGAUUGACGUGCGCGCGAUGGCGUUUCCUGUGGUUCGUACAGUUUGAUGCGACACGGGGCUGUCGUGCAAUGCAAUAGUAUGUUGAAUGGAUAUACUGAAAUAUGCGACAAUGUUGCAGGUGCUGGAGACGCUCAAAAGCUUGCCGCGACCGGCGGUGCUGACGUUUUCAACCAGUCCGGAUGGCAUCGUGUCGUUCAAGACGUGGCCGCCGCUGGUGGACCUGGACCUAAAGGACUCGGCCGACCCCUGUCGCAGCUACGUGGUGGUCACGGGGUUCUCGAGGCUGCCUUCGUUUGGGAAAAACUCCAAGCAGAUCGCGGUAGACGACCGCGUUGUGGCUGUGAAUGGCACGUCGGUCACGAGUUUGCCGUACGACAAGGUGAUGGACGUGCUGCGGCAUGCGAUGGCGUCGCCGCCGUAUCGCGUCGACUUUAGUCGGGGCGGCGGUGUGGCAACGACCACGGUCACGUUUCCCAAAGGUCCCAUGGGCAUCUUGUUCCGCAGCGACAAGGUGACGAGUAGUAGUACAGUAGUGUCGUGGGGGACGACUGACCAGAGGCUGUGUGACAUCGUAGGACCAUGGCGUGUACGUCAAGAAGUUUGUGGCUGGCCUGGGCCCGGCCGAGCGGAGUGGACUCGUGUACCGCGGGUGUGCCAUCCUCCAAGUAUGUGGGAAGAACGUGGAUGGGUUGGAUGUGGAAGGGGUGCAGAGCAUGAUUGACCACGCACAGCCACCAUAUCACCUUACGGUCCGCGACAUGGACAUGGAAAACACGCUGUCACUGCUUUACAGUUAAAUUGGUUACGCGACUAACAUUGCAUUGUUUGGAUACAUAACACGUUACUACACUGUACAAGGUGUGAUGAGAUCCACC